GCUGAGGUCGAACGGCCGGGCAGCCGGUCAGAUGUCACGAUCGGAUUGCGCGCGUCCGUCCGUCUGUUGCGGGCCUCGACGGGUUCCGGGAAUGUCCUCAUUCCUGUCGCGAAGCGCCGGCGGGUUGGCCGACGCGUGUUCCCCAGUUUGCGCUGCUGCCGCUUAGACGCCUCCGGCGUUUCCUCGGGCCAGGACCGUGGGUCGUGUGCUGCGCGAUACCGCGUUGUGCGUGCUACUCUUGCUGUGUGUGGACAAGCCGACACGUGUUUUAUGUGGCAGCGAAAGGCAACCGUUGGCUGCGGACGUUUUGCCUUUCCGCAGUGAGUGGCCAGAAGGGAAUGGUAGAGCGCGACGCUGUAAUCUCAAGCUCCAUUGUUCUUCUCGACGAAGUGCGGUGUGUAUCUGGAAUCCUGGAGUGAUUCAUCCAGCGGAGGCGGAACAAAGGCCCGGCCAUAGCUUGGUAUUCAUCGCCAUCCUGAUGUGUGCAGCUCAGAUCACUCGCAUCAGUCGAGGUGUUCCUAUGCUUUAAGUACUCGCUCGUGCAGUCCACUUGCUCAAUUCGGCGGCAGGUUCCUGGGGUGGAGCCACGAUCGCGGCUUUAUAUACAGCGCUGCAUGUAGCUUUUCAUGCGACAUUGGCUGCAAGGAAUUUGUGUUUCAAGUGCAGGUCUUUAUGACGAAAAUACGGGCUAGAGCGCUUGCGUAUUCUCUGGGCUCUCAUUGAAUGUAUUUAUAACGUAAAACGUGCGUCUGAAUUUUGUGUAUGUGUGGAAUAGUCAAACUGAGCCUUAACGUUUUUGAUGGCAAGGAUAAAGUUCAAAUCUUCGCAACAAUGACAUUCAUAUCUGUGUAGACCUCAUCUGUGUCGUCUCACAUUGUGUUUUCUAGCAGAAGAGUUUUUCAGUUAUAUACGCCUUCAGCCUUCCAAACCGACUGAUUCCUGUGCUUGGGACAGCGUUGCUACGUGACAUAGCAUUGCUCUCACGCUACUUCCAGGCUAGCUUUCUCCGUCUAGGUGCGGCUGAUCCACGAAAUCACUAUUCUACUGUGCAUUCUUCGCGCAGGUGUCGUACACUAGACGUUAAAACGUUCUGGAGUUUACUGAACAUUCUAGAACGUCAGAACGUACUGUGUUACAACGUCGCAGGCUCGUCGUUGCAUGCAACACCUUAUAAAUUUUGCAAUUUUAGUGACGCAGUCUGCGCGACAAUCUGACACGUGCGCCCUCUGGCUCGCUCACUGUAGUUUUGUGCAUGUUGCAUAUUUUGUUCUCUCUUGUUCAGCGAAAGAAAGCGUUAAGCACUGUGUGACUUGGGCGUCGCUUAAUUGGACCACCGAGAUUAUUGUUGGAAGUGGACUCCGCGCUUUUGACAAUUAUUGGGACUUGUAAUAUUUGCCGACAAGCUAUAUAUCUGUGAGCAACUAUUUUAUCUUGGCACUCCUGUCCACAUAAUUUUUCAUUUCAUUCUUUAGACUCGAGUUGAACUAUCGUUUCUGCUGUUAACAGGUAAUUCAUCUUCCUGUAGCGAUGCAUUCAUCUUGUAAUAUUGCGAAGUCUGACUGUUAUGUAGUAUCAUAAGUGACGGGUUUCUCUGCCGUUCAAUAUGGGCUGUUUUAUUGUUCAUAUAUCUAACAUGCUUUGAUGAGCAAUUUUCAUGAAUAGUUUUACUUUCCAUUCCAGGCCAAUACUCUUCUUCCGUUCCUAGGCAUGGGGUUUUAAUUGUUGCGACAAUUUUGCGGGUAUUUAUUCACACAGAGCAGAUGGAACGAAAACUCCAACUUUGGUCUAGUAGGCGCGUCUUGAUACCCUUUACGAAUAUUCAGUAAACAUCUGCCGCGCUGCGCGUGAAUUUGUCGAGACCAAAUGAAUGGAUGAGGUGGCAAUAGAUCGUAACUAAUCUUACUGACUUUAUUGCAUUGAACAUUACAGCGACUCGUACUUUUUCACCAAUCGUCUCAGCAGCAUUCGAGCGGCUGUGGUGUUGCGCAUACAUGCAUUGUCAGUUUUAGUGCGCAAAUCUUCCACUUGGACAGAAUGCCAGGAGUGUGGAGGCAAAUCAGGCUCAAAUGCACACGAAGGUACAGAGCUUAAACUGAAGCUGUACUACAGCGUGGAUAAGUAACACCUCGAACCUGAGUAUGUGGUAAUUCCUAAUAAUAUCGCUAUGUUCGGUGGGCUUACCUGACUCGCAUUUCCUGUCAUUGUUCUCUGAGCUCCGUGUUUCACGCGUUAACCUUACUCCGUGGGUAGGGGUCGUGGUGAUGCGUUGCCAACUUUGCCCGCGUACCAGCUCGAAUACGGUGACCAUGUUCUUUAGAAAAUUCCGCAUCACCGUGAGGACUAGAGACAUUGACUGCGAGUGACCUUUGUGUAUCCGAGUGCUCCAAAAGUUUCCGAAGAAAAACGGAGAUGUACUCCACGGAUCGGGAAGAUCAGAAACUGCCCUGCCUCUACGUGCCACUGGGGCUGUCCUUCCUGGCACUCAUCCUGCUGUCGGGGAGGCUGUACGAGGCGAGCAAGGAGAUCGCCUUCCUGCGCGUGGUGCUGGCAGCAUGGAUACCCUCCGAGUCGGACCUCCUGAUGGGAGGCGGCGACGACCACAAGAGCCUCGUGUUGGACCGCACACGACAGACGCUGACGAACCUCAAGGGCGACCUCGAGGCCUUCCUGCUGGAACUGACGUCGGCGCGGACGACGCUCGCCCUGAGCGUGGUGUUCGUGAUCAUCUACAUUCUCAGCUGGUGGUGGAUGGCGUUCGCCCUCAAGCAGGCCAAGGAUGACGGUAGCGUAUCCUUGCGGACGGUACUGCUUCUGUCCGUGUUUGCAGCCGUGGAUAUCGCUGCCAGCACCGGCUUCGUCCUACUACGAAUUAUUAUGUACGUCAUGCGAGACCGCCUCUACCCGAUGACGAUGCGAACGCCAUAUAUCACGGAAGCGGACCAAUUCGCUGCCUUCACCGCGCUACGACUGGCGACACUAAAGUCAAGCUGCGGGACUACGGACGUGCUCGUGUCUAUCGUUGUGGGCUUCCUGACCGGGCUGCGGAUAUACAGCGUGGCUUGCGUCAUCUCAUUUUACAAGAAAGCCAAGAACGGUGGCUUGAGCGCCUUUCGUAAAGAGUUGUCCAACAACGCGGACUACUUUUCCGAGAGGCUGGAGCGGCUGAAGGACGUCGAAGACUACGUGCCUAAGCCUAUGAUAGCACCUAUGCAAAACGGACGACACAAGUCCUCGUUCUACGUGAGCAGCCGUCCCGCAGGCGGAGGCGGCUCGGAGCGGGGUGGCAUCCUCGGCGCCGGAGUCGGCGGCGCGCGCCUGACAUGCGUCACGCCCACCGCGUCCACGGUAUGCGGUGGCGAGGAAAACCCCGAGGUGAAGAUCCAGGCGGCGGACAUGCCGCAGGAGAUGCAGCGCGCCGCUGUCGAGUCAGCCACGCAGGCCGUCAAGCUGUACUCGACUGAGAAGCACGUUGCCGAGAGCAUCAAGCAGGACUUCGACCAGAUGUUCCAGCCGACGUGGCACUGCGUAGUGGGGCGCAACUGGGGAAGCUGCGUCACACACUCCAAGCAGUGCUAUGUGCGAAUGGCCUACCGGGACAUGACUAUCCUGCUCUAUCGCUCUAUCUAAGCGUCCGCGAAUCCGGCAUGGAGCUGACGAGCUACACAGACGCUUGCAAUUAUUUCCUGGGACAAACCCUCCGGCUAGCUCUGACGCCUAGUUAGCGCUGGGUUGUUGGGGGCCUGUGCUGGGACCGUUGAAUACAAUGAGAAAAGGGUAUAUAUUACGCGUUCCUACAGUGGGCCCACAUAGCCGGUCGCUCAUUUUCGGCGCGUGAGCACUAGAAUGCCUCGGCGUAUAGCCAGUCGCCUAAAUGACCACCGGUGCUCCUUGUUCUCACUAGUGCUGUGAAGUACCUGUUAAGUGAAGUACUAUGCAGUUAGACGCUACUCUUAUGGCCUAAAGCUACGUCAGCUUUUAUGUCGGGGCUAAGUGUUUAGCUACCCAAGACAAAUGGUGUCAGAAUUGGCUCAAGAUUUCUGGUGGGCGAAUGCUAUGAACAAGGCUCGCGCUCAACAGCGUCGUCGUUGUCUCCAUAAACAAUGCGGUGCAGAGAGCCCCAACAGCGACGCAGAUCAGUGGCCGCAGCGCCACACUGAAGCCCUGUCUAAGCAUUCUAGAAAUAUCAGAGAGGCAACAACGUAUGUGCGCGCGAAAAUUUUGUAUGAUAUGACGAGCCCAUUGGACCUUGCGUGCCUACCGGAACCACUUGUCUCGUAGGUAUACUAAUGAUUCCGAAAACUGUUUACCUUGCACUAAGCGUAAAAGUGAUACCCUGUACGAUUUCACUUCAGUCACAUUUGUGUCCUGAUAUGACUUUACUGGUUUCCAGGCCCUUUAGUGCCGGAAGUCUCUGAGUGGCAUUCAGUGAAUCUCAGUUCUUGUGGCUGAUUGUAUACGCUUUUAUGCAGGGAACAGUUAGAGUCACGCGUUCAUACCGUUUGGUGUAUUUGUAGCGUGGUGAAAACCAUACGGAUGUUGUUUUUUUCUCUGUGUGCAUGAAAUACUUAUUUACCAGCAAAUGUACUGUGGUGUGUGUUGUGGAAGACUCCCUGCACGCACGAUCACUGAUGAGAACACAAAACAGAAUGUAAUUCUAAAGUCUCCUGACUCUGGAAUGGCUUUGUGUAUAGAGGCAAAGCGUUUGUCAUUGCAGUGAAUGCUUUCGCAGGGCUGUGUGAUUUUACUCGCCGAGUGCCUGCUCAUUGGUAAAUAACGUGAUACGACAUGGCGCGGCAUGCCAUGUAGUUAGAGGCAAGUUCAUGCAUUAUUUCCAACACUAAUGUGUGUUGAGUUCAUGGAAACGAUGCAACACUAUUCAUGUUCUCUUCAACUGAAAGGCCACCACCACGCUCACAAAAGAUGACACAACCAUUCCAGACGCCUUGUUUGCAUGCAAGCUUUACAAUCAAUGCGAAAAAGUCAAUAGAUUGUGUAGGCUAUGUGUAUAUACAACUUUGGAAAGUCACUCAGGUUCAACUGAACUGCAUCGUAGUAAGUGUUCCCUUCGCAUUAUAUUCCCACAUGUUAAAGGAACUGGACAGAAACUUGUGUUUGCACCUUGGUGCGAUAGAAGACGCAUGUCCGAAAAUGAUCGCACAGAAGAACUAAACCCAUAUUACCUCGGUUCUCGUAGGUUAUUGGCGUGCUUACACGUAUGCUAUCGUUCACACUUUUACAUGACUGCGUGCGGUUCCGCACUGUUGUGUACACAGCCACCAUAUUGCACAUGACAGUCUUAUUUGGUACAAUGACCACGGGUUGAGUGUUGUGUCUGUGUGUAUGACUGUUGAACUGACUGUUUAGGACCGUUAUGCGAUGAUGAUGUGGUGUUUAGUGGUGCAAGGACCAUAUAUGGCGAAAGAGUGCCACGGACUUUUCUGUCAGGAGCUGUUGAAGUUUUUAUAAGUAUCUGAGUACUUCUUAUUUAGCCGGAAAUUGUUUGGAGCAGUAUAGUUUGGAACGCGGACAUGUUGAGCAUGUUAUGCCAUAGUCGAGAAUAUUUAAUUAGCCGCAUUAAGUAGCCGAAGACCGUCCUGCAUAGGUAGACGCAAGCUGUAGCUAAAAAAAGAAAAAAAAACGAAGGAAAAGAAAGGUAGGUUGUAAGGCACAUACAGCAGAAGCAACCUUGACUUUUGUUGGUAACUCACGAAUACAUAUUCACUUUUGAAGCCUGAAUUUUCGAUGUAAUAACCUAUUUAUUGCUUCGGAUGAGUGAGCUCCUGGAACUUCGAAAUGUUUUUUCCAGUUAAAGUCUAACAAAUCUAUUGUUACAACAUAGCGCGGACGAAAAUUCCGUCAUAGAGUUGUUCCCGUUUGUUUAACCACGUUGUAUAACACUCAUGCCAUUACAGGGGCUUACUAAUAAAGCGUUCCCUCCAAGCGUCGCGAAGGUGGGAAUGACUUCGUAGCGUGGGGUAAAUAAUAAAGCAGCUUGGCUUUUUAUUAACCAUAUUGCUAGUUUUUCACUGUGUCCGCAACGGUAUGUGAAAGCGCUAUUAGUUUGGCGAUUCGUUGGGAACAGGUCUCACAACGUGAGCCGCGAGCGCGCCUUUCGACCUACGAACUUGCACAGGAAAUGUCCUUGGUCAGCCCUGUUUAGAAGCAGCAUGUCUUCACUUAUUCACUACAAAUGCCGCUUCUUUACUUCAAGAUUUGUCUCCGGGUUAACGCGAAAUUUGAAAUGUCCUUGCUCAUGCUAUCUCUUGGUAGCAUUGAUUCACUUUGCGCCAAAAAAAGAAAUGUGGACGUUUGUACUACGCUGGCUUGAAAAUUCCGUGGUGUGUUGCUGCUGUUGCGAAUGGUGCGCAUGCUUCCAAAAUGAAAGAAAGAAGCAGGUUGCUGUGUGCGUGAGUGCGCCAGUCUUUACACACAAAAGAUUUGCGUGCAUCGCCAGAUCUAUUUAUUUUAUAUUAACCUUGGCUGUACAAGCGUGACUCUGUGCGUCGUCAUUUGUAAUUUUCCGGUAAUAAACUUCCUUUUCAUGCCAUUA